UAUUUAAAGCAAAACAAUCAUCAUCGUAAAAAUUACAAGCACAUUUUUUAUUUAUAAAAUAUUAGUGUUAUACUUUUAAAAAAUAUUAUUAUUGUAUAUUUGGGGUAUUUUCUAGAACAAAUCUGUUUGUUCGCGCUGGUUCAACGUUCAUGACCAAUAUAAUUAAUAUGCGAUUUAUUGUGACAAUUUUCACCUACAUUCUUCUCCUGCGAAAAUUUAAUUAUGUCGCAACCAACUCUUGUGUAACAUUAAGAGAUACGAUAGGAAAUUGCACUAGAAGAGAACACUGUGAUUUGACCUUCAAUCCUGUCAUCUUUAAUGAAUCAGUUUGUGGAUAUGAUGUUGACGGUGCCAAUUUUUACUGUUGCGAAACUACACUUUAUCGACCCGUAGCUAACUUUAGAGGAGCUGUGGAAGAAGAGGAACAAAUUAGCCCUAUACUAAUGCAGAAUCUUACACCAGACACGAGUCCUAUAUCACCUAGUCCAGUACCAGACCAUACAGCAGAAAAUAUAAAUACACAAACAGAAAAAGAAGAUCUGUGUUUAACUCCAAAUGGUGAACAAGCUCGCUGUAUUCCAAUCUUCAAAUGUCUGUCGUUCACAAAGAUAUUGGCAUUAAAGCAAUUUAAUCCAAAUCAAGUUAGAUUUCUGAGAGAAUCGAAGUGCGGCUCCAAUUUGACGACGCCUUUAGUCUGUUGCGGUCCUGAAGUGAAUUACAAAAGUGUUGUUGAAGAUGCUGUAACUAAUUUUACUCCAAAUAAUUUGAUUCCAGAAGAAUGUGGCCUUCAGUUAGCAAGCCGAAUAUUUGGUGGAGUUGAUUCGGAAUCUUCGGAAUUUCCUUGGCUGGCGUUAUUGGAAUUUGAGGAGCUAGAUGGAUCCAAAAACUUUUUAUGUACUGGUGCUCUUAUAUCAUCACGUUACGUUUUGACGGCUGCCCACUGCGUUGCAGGAAGAAAUGUUUUACAAGGAACAAAGCUAAUUAAUAUACGAUUAGGGGAAUGGGACAUAAAAAGUGCCGAUAAAAACUGUACAGGGACAGAUGAUUUGAAGAUAUGUAAUCCAAUGAAAAUCAACGUGGGAAUAGAGUCAAUACACGUCCAUCCAAAUUAUAACGUAACUGAACGUUACAAUGACAUUAGUUUAAUAAAACUGAAUACAACAAUUAUAUAUAAUGAUUUAAUUAGUCCGAUAUGUCUUCCCAAAAAGGAUAGCUACAUUUUCCCAGGUGAACGGUUAACUGUUUCUGGAUGGGGUCUGAAAAGUUACAGCGAACUAGCCACAACAAAACAAAAAGUAGAGCUGCCGGUUGUAGCAACGUCGGAGUGUUCGAUAGCGUUUCAAAAAGUUAUGAAAAUUAAAAAACAAUUCUGCGCCGGAGGCGAAUCUGGAAAGGAUGCUUGUGCUGGAGAUAGUGGCGCUCCUCUAAUGAAACUGUCAACCGAAAAAAUUCCGCGUUGGUCGAUAGAAGGUAUUGUUUCGUUUGGAAUUGGCUGUGGAUUGUCGGGCCGAUACGGAGUGUACACGAAAGUAUCAGAAUAUUUGGAAUGGAUCCAUAAUACCGUAAAAUGAAGAGAAAUAGAAGCCGAAUCAAAAGAAUAUAAAGACUGUGAUUAUAUUAGAUAUUUUAAGAAAUAUUUGUAAAUGUAUACGUAUAAUAAACGAUUUUAUUAUUUA